AUGUCUACCUAUGAUCGGUUUUUCGCUAGAAGCUUGGCUAAAUACACAAACCCACAAAUCGUACGUAGAGAUGUUACUUCUGCCCUGGAGGCUUAUAAGGAGCUACGUCCUAAAUUUGAGGAUUUCAUCCACAAUGACGGAACUACUCGAAAACUCGUAAGCCUGGAUGGCACUAUACCAGUCCGCUAUAUGGGCUCCACAUAUAACAUUCCGAUUGCUAUAUUUCUGUUUGAAGUCUAUCCAAACAAGUCCCCGAUGGUGUAUGUAAGACCUACAAACACUAUGCAGAUUAAACCAAGUGACUUUGUUGACAGUGCUGGCCUUGUUCAACUACCAUACAUGACAGACUGGAAGCAUCCUGACACAGAUCUUAUUGGAUUGAUAUCAGUACUGCAAAUUGUAUUCGGUGAGAAGUCUCCUGUAUUUUCUAAAUCUGCUCCUCUGUCGAAACGACAAAGCUCAAACGCCCAGUUGAAUCCUCCAUUUGUUGGUUCAGUGGCUUAUCCAGGUGCUUUACCACAACCUCCGAUCCCUGUUGCAACAAAUGGCAAAGGUUCAAAUAUGUAUUUACCACAAAUCGGUGCUGGUUGGCAGAUACCCGGUCCUGUACCCCCUGUCGCUUCUAUGCCUAUGCCUCAGUUGCCGAAUUUCGCCAGUCCUUUUACACAGACCUCAAAUCCAAAUAUAUAUCCCAUGCCUGGUCAAAGUGUACCAUUGCCGGUAGGCCAAGAUCAUUCUACACCGGCCAAUAUGCCGUAUAAUUCUGGCACCCUUAACGAAGAACAACUAAGAGUAUCUUUAUUAACUGCUGUUGUGGAUCAAGUUCGCAGAGUACAGAAAGAAUUGAUCUAUCAACAUCAGGAUGAUUUACAGGCUAUACGUCAAACACAGACAGGUCUAUUCUCUGGUGGUCAAAAAGUUCAAGAAAUGAUCAGUAAAAUGCAACAAGAAAAAGAACGUGUGAAUGCAGAGAUUGAGUCAUUGAAAAGAAAAACUAAAGAUUUAGAAGAGACAUCAGAGAAAUUACGAAAAUCUGACUGCAACUUUGUUGUCGAUGAAGCUGUGGAUACAACUGCACCACUCUAUCGUCAAUUGGUGGUUUCAUUCGCUGAAGAGCAAGCAAUUGAAGAUGCUAUUUACUAUCUUGGUGAAGCAAUGGGUAAAAAUGUAUUGGAUGUAGAAGUAUACUUGAAGAAAGUACGAGAAUUAUCCCGUAGACAGUUUAUGCUGCGUGCUACUGUUCAGAAAUGUCGUGAGAAAGCAGGUCUACCGCUGUUUUGAAUACUGCCCAAUUUGGAUUUCAUAGAUAUAUACAUAUAGAUGUUUUUUGUAAACUAGCUGAAAAUAUUCCUGUUGUGAUAACGGUGGCUAUCUUUCUCUUAUUCUCUUUUACAUAUUGUAUUCAUCGGAUAUAUAUAUAUAUAUAUAUAUAUAUGCAAAAGUUGAAUAAUUUGUGUACGUACACUGCCACUGUGCAAAGAAAUACCAUGUAUGUUUUAAGACAGGCACAAUGAGACCUUUCC